AUGAAGCUUUUGUCACUGGACAGAGACAACACAAUCUCUCUCUCUCACUCUCUGAAGUCUGAACACAGCACUAUCUUCUUCCCAUCUUCAGAGUUCCCUGAUGUGAAGGCAUUCCGGAAUGCAAUUAAAGAAGCUGCUAUUGCACAGCAUUUUGAGCUUCGGACUAUUAAAAGUGACUUGAUUCGCUACUUUGCUAAGUGUGCCUCAGAUGGCUGUCCAUGGCGGAUUCGUGCUGUCAAACUCCCUAAUGCUCCAACCUUUACAAUUAGAAGUAUUGAUGGGACGCAUACAUGUGGGAGAAAUGCACACAAUGGGCACCAGCAGGCAUCUGUUGAUUGGAUUGUGAGUUUCAUAGAAGAAAGGUUGCGAGAUAACAUCAAUUAUAAACCAAAAGAUAUAUUACAUGACAUCCAUAAACAAUAUGGUAUAACCAUACCAUACAAGCAAGCUUGGCGUGCAAAGGAGCGAGGCCUCGCAGCGAUAUAUGGCUCUUCUGAAGAAGGAUAUUACCUACUUCCUUCGUACUGUGAACAAAUAAGGAAAACAAAUCCUGGAAGUGUUGCAGAGGUAUUUACCAAUGGUGCAGAUAACCGUUUUCAGAGACUUUUUGUUUCCUUCUAUGCAUCAAUUUAUGGUUUUGUUAAUGGUUGUUUGCCAAUUAUUGGACUUGGAGGAAUCCAGCUGAAAAGUAAAUACCUUAGCACAUUGCUUUCAGCAACUUCAUUUGAUGGUGAUGGUGGGUUGUUUCCACUUGCUUUAGGUGUUGUUGAUGUAGAAAAUGAUGAAAGCUGGAAAUGGUUCCUGUCUGAGUUGCAGAAGGUAUUGGAGGCAAAUACUGAAUGCUUGCCAGAGAUAAUAUUUUUGUCAGAUGGGCAACAGGGUAUUACGGAUGCAGUAAGAAGGAAGUUCCCAGGUUCUUCUCAUGCAUUUUGCAUGCGUUAUUUAACUGAAAGCAUUGGCAAAGAGUUCAAGAAUUCUAGGCUUGUCCAUCUUUUGUGGAAGGCUGCAUAUGCCACCACAACCAUUGCAUUUAAAGAAAAAAUGGCUGAAAUAGAGGAGGUCUCUCCUGAAGCUGCUAAAUGGUUGCAACAAUUUCAUCCUUCUCAAUGGGCCCUAGUAUAUUUUAAAGGGACACGAUUUGGCCAUCUAUCCUCUAAUAUUGAGGAGUUCACUAAAUGGAUUCUUGAAGCUCGGGAGCUACCAAUUAUCCAGGUGAUUGAGCAGAUUCAUGGCAAACUUAAAACUGAGUUUGAUGACAGGCGUUUAAAAAGCAGCUCUUGGUGCUCUGUGCUUUCCCCAUCUGCGGAGAGGCAAAUGGCUGAAGCCAUUAACCAUGCAUCUACUUAUCAAGUCCUUAGAUCAGAUGAAGUAGAGUUUGAGGUUCUUUCAGCUGAUCGAUCAGAUAUUGUAAAUAUUGGCAGCCAUAGCUGUUCCUGCCGUGAUUGGCAGCUAAACGGGAUUCCAUGUUCCCAUGCUGUUGCUGCUCUCAUCUCAUGCCGUAAGGAUGUGUACGGAUUUGCAGAGAAGUGUUUUACUGCUGCAAGUUAUAGGGAUACCUAUGCUGAGGGUAUACAUCCCAUCCCAGGAAAACUUGAAUGGAGAAAAACAGACAAGUCUACCACGGAUGAUAAUAUCAUAGUUGUACGGCCACCAAAAUUACGGCGACCACCUGGACGCCCCGAAAAACGGGUGUGUAUGGAGGAACUUAAUCGUGAGAAACACACAGUGCAUUGUAGUCGAUGUAAUCAAACUGGACAUUACAAGAGAACUUGCAAAGCAGAGACAAUUAAUAGAAUAGAACAGUUUUAGUUGUCUAAUUUUGUACUAUAUAGUUCAGUAAAGAACGAGUUUAUUAGCAUCCUAGAGACCCUAUGCUUAGGACAUAGGUAUGAUUUAGAUCAUGUAAGAUAGGUAUAUAUCACUGUACUAAAUCCGCAGGUGUAACAGAAAUGAAGUUUUGAACAUUGGCAGGUUUGUAAUUAAAAGCUAUGGAGUGUUUGAACCAUGGCUUUAGGGGGAGAAAAAAGGGUAAAAAAGAUCCCCAGAUGUAAUGUUAUCUUUAGUGUUCCCCUGCAAAAUCUAAUCUCGUGUGUUUUAAACAAGAGGUUCAUUCACAGUUAGUUGCCCAGUUGAAUUUUU